AUUCACGGAGUUGCCACGACCAGCACUAGUAUCCAACGGUGUCAGGUUGCCAGAUCUCCAUUGAGAUCUACUUCGGAGAUGGAAAUCCCUGAUAGGAAGUUUCUCACCCUGUAUACAUGUGGGUGAGAGAUGCUGAUGGAUCGGAGACAUUCUAUCGAUUCGCCAGAACGAUUUUCGGCUGGCCGUACGGGUCGGAUUGGACCUCCUAAGUCCUUUGCCGUUCUGCUCGUUGUCAAAAUGGACGAGAGCAUUGGCGCGCCUUUGAACUGUGACUCGGCGAUUGAUCGGGCGACUCAAGGGCAGAGCCCAUGUCGCUUUUUGGUCGCCCUGGAAUCUGGAUGGUCACCAGUCUUCUGCCCGGCUGUGCAUGCUUCGCUUUACUGUUGUCUCGACUCCGCUGUCAUGGUAUUUUACCUUUGGACAUACGGCAGAAUCUCGUUGCACGAGUCUCGCCGAGGGAUUCCGAGGACGCAGUCCCAUAGCAGCACGGAAGCGAGUGCAGGAAUAACACCAACGCCGACUCAUUCCCAUGCGUCCAGAAUCAAAUCAGCAAGGCAGUCGUUGCUUCUACAUCCCUUCACUAGGGUUUCCCUGGGUUUCUGCUGCGUGAGGAUUUCGUUCUGUGUUUCUAAGAGACAAGUGGUCUCGCAAUGUCUUUAUCUCUGUCUCCCAACCCUCUGUUCGAUCUUCUAGGUAUAACGGUCGCUGGUUAUGCUAUCCUCUUCAGGCCCAGCUUUGGAUGUAGUAGCACAGACAAACUUGCUUUUGCGACCGGCUUCCGAUUCGCAUCGACGGCGCCCCUGCAGCGACACGAAAAAUGCGGUUUACUGUUCACACCGGCCUCGAUCCAAA